AUGCAACUAAAGGCUGUAUUGUUAUCUUCUUCGAUUUUGAGCAUUGCUCAUGCAUGGUCCCCAACCAACAGUUAUGCUCCAGCUACUGUUGACUGUGCUGAUGAUCUAAAUAUUAUUAGAGCCGCUGACGGUCUAUCAGAUUCAGAAUCCAGUUGGGUAGCUAAGAGAGAUGCCGUCACUCAAGCUGCUCUGAAGACGUUCUUAACCCGUGCUACUUCCAACUUUGGUGACAAGUCUAUUCUAAAUUCAUUAUUUAGUGAAUCUUCGAAUGUUCCUAGAGUUGCCAUUGCUGCUUCUGGAGGUGGUUAUCGUGCUACUUUCGGUGAUGCCGGUAUGGUCGCAGCUAUGGAUGACAGAACAGACGGUGCAAACGACCAUGGUUUAGGUGGUUUAUUACAGGGGACUACAUACUUAGCUGCUAUUUCUGGUGGUUCCUGGUUUACCAGUACUGUUGUUUUCAACAAUUGGACAUCUGUUCAAGAUAUCAUUAACCAAAUGGGUGACAACGAUGGCUCUAUUUGGGAUAUUGAACAAUCUGCUUUAAGUCCAGGUGGUACUGACACCGCAUUUACUAAUCAAAGAUUCGAAAAUAUAUCCGGAGCUCUUAAUGAAAAAGCAGCUGCUGGUUUCCCAACUUCAUUGGCUGACGUGUGGGGUUUAGCAUUCUCUUAUUACUUCUUCCCAUCUCUCCCAGAAGGUGGUGUAGGUUACACAUGGUCAACUAUUCAAGAGACAGAUGUCUUCCAAAACGCUGAAAUGCCAUAUUUAAUUCAAUUGGGUAAGGCUCAAUUACCAGGCGCUGUGGGUGUUGAUUUCAGUUCUCCUACUAUCGAAGUUACCCCAUAUGAUUUUGGUUCAUGGGAACCAUCCAUUAAGAGUUUUGCUGAAAUCAAAUAUCUAGGUACUGAAGUUUCAAAUGGUUCCCCUGUUACUCCAGGGCAAUGUGUCGAAGGGUUCGAUAACGUCAACUUUUUGAUUGGUACCUGUACCAAUUUGAUUGAAUAUGUUGAGCAAGCUAACUCUGCUUAUUACAACGCUGUCAUUGAUCAAUUAGCUACAUUGUUCUUAGGCAACUCCAGUAGUAAUUCAGACCGUACACUUGCUAUUUACUCUCCAAAUCCAUUCAAAGGUACCACUAAUUAUGAAUCAGGUUCAGAUACUACAUUUGUCACAGAAGAUAAAUUAUUGUUAGUUGAUGGUGGUAUUGAUGGUCAAGUCAUUCCAUUUAUUCCAGUUAUGAAGGAAGAGCGUGGCGUCGAUGUUGUGUUUGCGUUAGAUCAAACUGCAGAUGCUGAUGAUCUAUUCCCUAACGGUGAUUCUCUUGUUUACACCUACGAACGUCAAUUCACUGAAGCAGGUAAGUUCGAUGCCUUCCCAUAUGUUCCAGAUAUUGAAAGUUUUGUUGAGUUAGGUCUAAAUAAGAAACCAGUUUUCUUUGGUUGUGACGCCUCUAACUUGACAGAUCUAAGUUAUGUCCCCCCAUUGAUGGUAUAUCUACCUAACGUUGCCCACUCAUUUGCCUCUAAUAUUAGUACUCUUCAAUUAUCAUUCACUGCCGAAGAACGUUUAGAUUUAAUUAGAAAUGGGUUCGAAUCUGCCACCAUGGGUAAUUUCACUGAAGAUCCAGAUUUCCUAGGUUGUGUUGGUUGUGCUGUGAUGAGACGUAAACAAGAAAAGCUUGGUUUGGAGUGGCCAGAAGAAUGUCAACAAUGUUUCACUAAUUACUGUUGGGAUGGUUCUACCAAGGAUGACAUUAAAAACACUACAAAUAUAUCAUCUACAGUAAGCAAUAGCUCUACUACUACUACUACUACCACUACAGACAGUGCCGAUUACACAACCAUUCUAUCUACCAUGAACUCUGGGGAAUUGAGUACAAUCCAUUUCGAAACUUCCACCACAAUCACAUGUCAUGAAUGUGAACAAAGCACUGCUUCCCCAACCGUUACUUACACCACUAUAACAAAAGAAUGUCAGGAAUGUGAAGGUGGGUUUACAGAAGUUGUUACAACUGUAUCAUGUGAAGGAGAUGAAGCAACCGAAUCUGAUACACACAAAUAUACAACUGUAUCAUCCUGGACUACAACUACAGAAGUAUGUACAGAAUGUGAGGAGAUGGAUGCUAUGGCCUCUGCUGGUAUUUCUUCUGGUGCUAAGGUCACAACUGAAGUUCAAGUCACUUCUCAAGCUGCUUCUUCUACCAAGUCUUCUACCAAAUCUUCUACGAUGUCUUCUAACGAUGUGUCUGAGAUUUCCCAUGUUUCCUCCAUAUCUAUUCCAGCUGUUUUACAAGUUACCACUGGUAUUCCAUCUCAAGCAUCAUCAUCAUCAUCAUCAUCUUUAUACAGCGUAGUUAUUAAUGAAAAUACUGCAGAUCGUUUAUCUUUCCAAGGUAUAUUGACAUUAGCUGCUGCUGUUGUCUCAUUUGUUGGACUAAUUUAG